AUGAACACCUUCGUCCAACGGUUUUCUACAACUGGCGCGCUCAGCGAGGCGCGCAAGGCGAAAGCGUUGGCUGCAGAUGACGAAGAAUUCUCGGAUGCUGCCUGGGGAUCGGAAGCUGGCUUUGGCAAUAUCGCAAAUGGCGUGCCUACAUUCGCUGUUCCUGCUGUACCAGAUCCUUCUGCCUUUCUCAGACUGCACACCGAUGACCAUGCCGACCCCAGCUGCAGAAUCAAGAUUCAGCAUGGUACCACAACACUCGCAUUCCGUUACAAAGGGGGUGUUAUCGUUGCUGUCGACUCCCGAGCAACGGCAGGAAGCUAUAUUGCUUCUGGGACAGUGAAAAAGGUGAUCGAAAUCAACCCAUAUUUACUUGGUACGAUGGCUGGUGGUGCUGCGGACUGCCAGUACUGGGAGACGUAUCUUGGAAUCCACUGCCGUUUGCACGAACUUCGCAAUCGGGAGCGGAUUUCUGUGUCUGCUGCCAGCAAGUACUUGAGCAACUUGGUCUACAGCUACAAGGGCAUGGGCUUGAGCAUGGGCACUAUGAUCUGUGGAUGGGACAAAACGGGACCAGCGGUCUUCUAUGUAGACUCGGAUGGUACCCGGCUCAAAGGCGACCUGUUCUCUGUUGGCUCGGGAAGUACACAUGCGUAUGGUGUCCUUGAUCAGGGCUAUCACUGGGACUUGUCGGAUGAGGAAGCGCAAGAGUUAGGACGAAGGAGUAUCUAUGCCGCGGGCCAUCGGGAUGCUUUCUCCGGUAAUACUUGCAACCUAUACCACAUCAAGCAAGAUGGCUGGCACUUCCUCGGCAACUUCGACAUCUCCAAGAUGCAUUACGAAGGACCAGGCGAUGUCCCGGGAAGCUUCGGUAAAGGAUACGGCUACGAUAUCCGAGUCGAGGGCCGUAGCUCUGCUAACCCACCUCCUGCUGCUCCCACUACAACUGUAACUGCCUAG